AAAACAUGAUGUUUCUUUACAAUUUUUAUUAGUUUUCUUUAGACUGUCGCAACGAAAGCAUUAUUUCCUAAUCAGUUAAUAAAAAAGUAGAAGCAAAAUGUUUAACAAGUUAUUGAAAAUCUUUUUAAUCGUAUCGGUUAUUAUGUGCGUACUGCAUCAUUCUGUUGAAGCUCAAUCCAGAGGUCGCCGAUGCGGUCAAAAUGAACAAUUCACCCAAUGUGGUAGCGCCUGCGAACCUUCAUGUAAUCGACCUCGCGCUCAAGCAUGCACUUUACAAUGUGUUAUAGGCUGUCAAUGUAGUCCAGGAUUUUUAAGAAAUUCGUCUGGAAGAUGUGUGACACCACGUGAGUGUCGAUGAUAAAAUGACUUUUAAUUCCUGUCUAGGUUCAAAUAAUUGUUAAUAAAGAUUUUUUGUGAAAAUUUAAA